AUGAAAGUGACCGUGAGUAACUCGACUACUGAUCACAUAUAUGGACCUGUUGAAGUGUCAUCUGAUAUGUCCUUCGAGGACUUCGUCGCUCUUAUACAAUUCGAUUGUGAUUUUGACGAUUCAAGAGACGUUAUUGAACAUCAAUCAAAGCAGAUUUCUGUUUCCGAGACAAGAACUUUAGAAGAAUUGGGUAUUGGAAAUGACGAUCUUGUUAUUAUAAGGGCUAAGUCAGUUACAAGUGGUUCAGUUGGUGAAUCGAGGGGUUCAAUGAGCGGUGACAUUGUCGAGACGCUGCGUCAGCAAUUGAUUCACGACCAUGAGCUGAAAGCUCGAAUCGGCGGUCAGGUGGCCAACUUGGACGCUAUAUUGAACGAUCCAGAGCUUUUUAGACAGAGAGUGGGUCCAUAUUUGCAGCAGCAGCAGCACGAUAUGGGUAGUCCGCUUGGUGUGAGUCAAGACGAAUAUAAUAGGUUAAUGCAAAAUCCAGAUGAUCCUGCCAGCCAGGCUCGUAUUGCAGAACUUAUUAAUUUACGAGAGAUAGACGAACAAAUGAGAAGUGCUUUGGAGUUUACACCUGAAGUAUUUGCUCCUGUUCAUAUGUUGUAUGUGAAUUUGGAAGUAAAUGGACAUCCUGUCAAGGCUUUCGUCGAUUCCGGUGCGCAGGCGACAAUCAUUUCGACAAAAUUGGCCCAAGAAACGGAUUUGUUGAAAUACGUGGAUAAACGCUUCCAGGGGCUUGCCAAGGGCGUAGGAUCGAGUCAGAUCCACGGUAAGAUUCAUGUCGCGCAGAUAAAAAUCGAGUCUCAAUUUAUUCCUUGCAGUUUCACGGUUCUUGAUACAGACGUUGAUAUGCUUUUAGGACUCGACAUGCUGAAAAGACAUCAAGCAUGCAUUGAUUUGGAAAAGAAUGUGCUUAAGAUAGCUGGCAUCGAAACUAGGUUUUUGCCGGAAGCAGAGAUUCCAAAGGGGUUGGAGGCUUCUGUGACCGAAAGUCUGACGGGACCCACGACUGCGACUAGGCCACAAGGCCCAAUGCCGAUUUCCGAUGCGCCAAAGUCAUCCCAGAGCUCCAAUGCACCAAAUACAUCCUACAGUGAAGAACCCAAGAUUCGUCAAUUAAUGGAUCUUGGAUUUUCAAGAUCAGAAGCCAUCCAAGCGCUCAAAUUGGCCAAUGGGAAUGUCGAUAUCGCCGCUGCAAUGCUGUUUUAA